AGCCUAAAAUGAAAGUUUUGUCAGUGGUGCUUUUAAGCACCUUGUGCUGCUGGGCAGCAGUCAGUGCCCAAGGAUUUAAUACACCCAAACAACGUGGAGCUAAUGAUGUGCCUCCCUUUCACAAUCACUUCCGGCGCCAGUUGAAUGUACAGCAGCACAUUUUAAGCGAUGUCCAUCAGCAUCAUACCCAACCCCGUCAAAAUCAAGGUCUCUUCUUGCAACAAUCGCCCAGUGUUGAGGUUCCAGUGCCACAAACUCAACAGCAGAGGAAUCAUCAGCGAUUCCCACCUACCGGACCUAACCAUUUCAAUGUUGGCAAUCAACAAUUCCAGAGAUCUACACACAAUCAGGUACAUGUACCAUUGCAUCAACAGCAGCAGCACCAACAACAACAUCAGCAACAACCCCACUAUCAACCACAACAACCCCAACAAUUCCAACACCCUCAACAACAGCAUCAGCAACAACAACAACCAGCCGUCGGAGGUCAAUUGGAUCAACAUCAACAAAAUUUCUUAGCUUUGCGUAACUUCGCCAGCCAAUCUAUUGGACCCCAACAAAGUCCACCACAACGCUCGUACAACAACAAACCAUUUCAGGCUCAACAACCAGGUCUCCAGCAGCCUCAAUAUUCCACCUUACCCAAUGAAGCCUAUCAGCAGCAGCCAAAUUCCAAUUUCGCUUUGGGAUCCCAAAUUCUGCCUCAAACCCAACAAAAGUUGCCCAUUCAGGCUCCAGUACCCACCUUCCAGACUCAAGCUGCACCUCAAAUUCCCUUCUCAACCGUGCCACAAUUCUUCCAACAGCAGCAACAACAACAGCAUCAAUCGACUCUACAAACAACCCAGCAAACCUUUUUGCCACAGACACAACAAAAAUUGCCCCAAGUUGAUCAAACUCAGCAAUUCGCCUUGACACCCAAUUUGGGAAUUCCCGUACCAAAUAUUUUCCCCAAUUUGAGAGCCACUGCCAAUACCUAUGUCCAACAACAGAAUCAACAGCAGCAACAUCAUCAUCAACAAAUUCCACAACAACAACAGCAACAGCACUUUGGCCCACAAACUUUCCCCGCCUCUCCCGAACAGGAAUACAAACAAAAGCUGAUCCAGAAACAUGAGCAGUUCGUCCAGAAACAAUAUGAGAAGUCGCAAAAUAAAGUCAAGCAACAACAUGCCGAAUUUGUGGCCAAGCAGCAGAACAUCAAACAACAGGUGUUGCCCACAAUCAUUGGCGGCAAUAAUCAGCAACAGAUCUACAGCACGCAACAACAGACCGUAAGCUACAAUCCACCACGUAGCCGUCCCGUAGGUCCUUCCGAACUACCAUCCUUUGCCUCGGCUGUCCAACAAUACUACAAGGAACAUCCCACAACUACCACGACCACCACCACAACUACAACCACCACUACCACACCACCUGCUCCCCCAGCCCCUAAAGUCAAUUCCAAAUCUGCCGCCUAUGGCCAAUUGAAAGCUGAAUUGGGUAAAUAUGGUCAAAAGACCACAGCUAAGAAACCAGUCAAAACUUUCGGACGUGAUGAACUCUUGAAGCAACUCAAAGCUGCCCUGGCUGAAACACCCCAGAAAGAAUUGGGUAAUAAGACCUAUGAAGAGAUGGAUUUGGUAUUGCCCAAUGGUGAACGUGUCCAAGUCAUUCGAACCACUGAUCCCAAUUUGGUUAAGGGUCAACAAUCCUAUACUCACGAUCAAUUGCAAAGCUUAUUCGGUGACCAAAACAUUGAAGCUAUUGUAGGUGGAGGAGGAGCUGCAGCCGAUGCUGGAAAACUAAGUCUCAGUGAUAUUGCCCCAGAAACUAAAAAGGACUUGGUUCUCCCCGGAGGUGGUAAAGUACAAAUUCUAAGAUCCCCUGAUCCACAAGAAUCCGUUGACCCACAAAACCUACCCGGAGGUGUAGAUCUUUCCAGUUUGGCUUCGCUGUAUGGUGGUAGUGUUGAAGGUGUUUCCAAUGGAGCCAAUAGCAUUGCCAGCACAGCUGUUAUUCAAUCCGAUUCUGAUGAACCACCAUCCCUUGAAGAAUUGGCUAAACGUGGUUUAAUUCCUGAUGGUUAUGAAAUUGAAGGUUUGAGCUCUCCCUCAAAACCAAAGGCCCAACCUAAGCCAGCACCCACCUUGCCACCCAAAAAGAAGGCGACCUAUGUUUAUUUGGAAGAACAAGCUGAUGGUAGCUUCAAAAUCCAAGGCGUCAAGGCUAACGGUGAAAAGGAAACCAAACAAACCGGUGCUGAAGUGGAAAGCAUUUUGGAACGUAUAAGAAGCGGAGACAUCAAAUUACCCCCCUCGGUGACACGUCUUACCUUGCCCAAUGAUGAAGUGGUAGAAAUUGAAUCAGGAAAUAUUGUCAAGACCACUAAGAAACCACCAACAACUACGACCAGUACAACAAGUACAACCACUACGACAACAACUACUACCACUACACCCAGACCGCAACCAGCCUCUGCCACCAGAGCCACAACUUACAGACACCAUUACAAAUUCAAGACCACCAAUGCCUAUCAUCCUUCCACCACCACCCAUGCUCCUUACACCCAUCGGGCCAGUACUCGCCACUACGACCACCACGCCGUGUAUAGGCCAACAGCAGCUCCUCGUUACACCACAGUGGGUACACCAACACCAGCUAUUGUGUCCUCAACCUAUGAACCCAUUACAGAACGUUAUAUCGAAACCACCGUUGAUGAUCAACAAGCUGUCCAAUAUGCUGAUACGUUGGUGGAGGAAACUGAGAAUAAAGAAAAAUCUUCAAAUGUUGAUUCCGAAUCGGCAAUUUCAAUGGCCUUAAGUAGUCCUGCCUCAGCUACUGCAUCGACAACAACAACCACAGUAUCGGGAUCAAGUUCCAGUUCGGUUACCACCAAUGCUAGUGAUGAUUUAAUUCAAAUCCUGAAAUCGAAUGGUCUCUUUGCUAUGGCUAAAUAUUUGAGACAAUCCGGUUUGGAUAGUAUUUUGAAUGAAACUGGACCCUAUACCAUAUUUGUACCAACCGAUAAAGCUUUCAAGAAUUUGUUGGUACAAUUGGGUGGCCCAGAAAGAGCCGAAGAAAAAUUCAAGGCUAAUCCAAGAUUAUUGAGUGGUCUUCUCUUGCAUCACGUUAUCCCUGGAGCUUUUGACAUUGCCACCUUACAGGAUGAAAUGACUGGUGUUUCAUUGGCCGGUACCCAAUUGAGAGUGAAUCAAUACAACAUGCAUGAUCAGGAAUGGAAUGAUGUUACACUAACAACCAUCAAUGGAGCCAUGGUUGUGCUCAACAAAAAGGACAUUAAAAUACCCCAGGGUAUUGCUCAUGCCAUUGAUCGUGUUAUGUUCCCUCUGCCUGUGGGUGAUUUAUUGCAAACUCUGCAAUCGGAUAGAGAAAACCGUUUCUCCACCUUCUUGAAGAUUUUGUAUACCUCUGGUUUGUCGGAGAAAUUGCAAAGUAAAGGCAUUAAAACCUACACUGUCUUUGCUCCUGUUGACAAGAGCUUUAAUGACUUCGAAUCGGAUACAUUGGAAAAAUUGAUGAAUGACAAGGAGGCAGCAGAAGAAUUCGCCAUGAAACACAUUGUACCCGGUACAUUGUUCUCGGCUGGUAUGCGUUUCUAUCAAGUCAAGGACUCAUUGUUGACCGGUAAAACGGUUAUUUUGCAAAAGACCUCAGCCGGUAAAAUUAAGGUUAACGAUGCCCAAAUGAUCACCUCAAAUAUACCUGCUACAAAUGGUGUCAUUCAUGCCCUUGAUGGAGCGCUGGCGUGA